ACAGAUUGGGUUGAGGAAAGCCGCCGCUUCGGGUGUUUGCGAUUGCCUCCUUGUCCCGCCUCCGAGGGCGUCCUGCGCCCUGGGGGGGACGAUGACUCGCGGGGUCAGUCGUCGUUUCCGCGCCCCGCCGACUCCUAAAGUGGAUCACUCUCCCGCUUGCCUGGAAACAGGUGCGUGCCGAGUGUGCACGCACCUGCGGUUCGGGUAGUACGAGCGGGGGCUUGUAACUGUUCCAGCCGGUCUAGGCAGAUGCGACACAGGUCCAGCGACGUGUACAUGGCCCAAGCAUGGCGGUUUGCCAUUUGCCGCGAGGCUUUCCAAGCGGACGGCCUUGGCAGUGAUGGUAGCGAAUGGGGUAGGGUAGAAGGAGCGACGACACCGCCCGCACGCGUCGGGCGGAGCGGGGGGCGGUGGCACCGCGUGCGCCCCGGCACGCCCGGUGCUUGACCUGACCGGGGGGACACGACUUGCCGGAUGGUCCGGCGGUGGAGUGCCACAAUCGACCUUCCAAUUUUCAGAUUUCGGCCCCCUUCACGCGAUCAGGAAAGUGCGCUGCCAUUGCACGUGCCCGUGGUCAUUGGCAAUGCCCCAGCGAGGGCCCAUCGAGGUUCGUCACACGUACUCCUGGUUUUUGGUCACGCGCCAGGCAUGGCCGGUUGGUGGUAGCUUGGCCAAGGCGAGCCCCCUGCGCCGGAGCAGGCGCCCAGGGCCCGGAGUCCGUGGAUAGUUGGGUGCCGACCCCGUGCCUCCCUCCGAUGACGGGGAAUAUUCUCCGAAGGCUGGGGGGGGGAGGGUGGUGGCGGUGAACAAGCAAAUACGCCCGACCCCGGCGCGGGGCGGGCCCCUCCCCCAGGCCCUUUCGCGAGGCGGGCGCGGCGGCUUCUUGGUGCUCCCCGAGAUUGAUGCCCUCCCUUCCCAUCGAUGCCCGGGUGCUCGCUCGGGCUCGAAUAAGCCUCGUUGAAAGCCGCGCGCCCUGCGAUCCUCUCGGGAGGCCCUCUGCUCCCUGCCCUUGGACAUUCUCUGGCUCCUCGUGGUCGUCCGCCUCCUUGCCCCUUUCCGCCCUCGAGGGCCGAUCGCGAGAUCGGCCGAUGCCCCGCCAGGCCCUUUCCUGUAUUUGCUCCUGGGAAUGGGGAGGGGAAGCGCCCUGCCCCUGGUGUCAUGCUUCCUGGGUGGAUGCACGGUGGUUGCGGUAAAGUGAGCUCUGGUGUAUCUUCCCGCGAAGCGCGCUCCUGCACUGCCUCUAUCUAGCCCCUCUCAUGGAAGCUCGGCUGUUCUCCCCCCGCGAGAAGGUGUCCGUGUUGCCUGGCAGCCUUGGAAAGUUCCCGCUACAAAACAGCUCCCCCCUCAGGACCUCUUUCUCGUGGGAUCCUGUCUCAAUCCGGGUAUUGUGUCGGCUGGGAGGGGGAUUGAGAGCGGGAGGACGAGGAAGCAGGGAUGAACUGUCCAACCGAAGUGCUGGAGACAUGAGACAACCCAUCUUCCGCCGCGCUUUCCCGGUGUCAUCCCCCCGGAUCAAGUGUGGGGAGGCCGUCGCCGAGAUAUCCUGUGCCGAGGCUACCUGUAGGCAGGCCUCCCCCAGCCGGAAGCCCCUGGUGGCCGCGAUACAUGAUGGGCUCGUAUGGCCCGACGAGCGGCCCAAAUCGGGAGCCUUCUCAUCGCCGGGUGGUCUAUGCUACGAGCGAAUCCAGGCAAUCUUCCUGCCCAUCAUCACCGGAUCGACUCGAGCUGGCCCGUGCUUUCACUGGCUGCCAUAACUGCGCUGCCAGUCGAAGAGGGGCCCCUUUCCUUCCAUGAGCGCAGAUCUUCUCGCCAUCAGCGAGCGGGGAUAUAAAAUUGGUCGUUCAGCAAGUAGGAGGUCUCUCUCUGCAGGACCAAGGUUCCCCCAAUCGAUACUCCUCUGCAUUGGCCCCAUGAUCCUGGCUCUCAGCCGGUCAUGGCAUUGUCCUGCCACGCUGUGGUGUGGCCUCUGCGACAUCGUAGCGGUGUCGAGGUCGGCUGGUGUCUCAGGUGCUCUGGGCCUCCUUCCGCCUGAGGCUGGGGGCCCGCUCAUGAGCAGGCUUGUCAGGAGGGUGGUCCCGCAUGCCCGGCUUCGCUAUAUACCGAGGAGAUGGCUGGUUCCUUCUCGCUCGACCAGAUCCCAGUCCGCCAGGGCGAGGCCCACGAUCCUCUUCGCGGGCCAUGUGCCACCUCCGACUCCUUGGUAGCUCCAGAAAAGUUCACCUGUCAACUUGGAUCCUCGGCCAAAGGCUGUGCGCUUGUGUUGUGCUUGUCAUGUUGGCCGAGAAAUAAAGAAUCCUGCCAUC